AUGGAAACCAAUACACUACAAUCUCGCUUAAUAUGGAACUCUAUUGGGACGCUAGACUUGAUUCCACCAGACCCGCCACUGAACGUUCUCGUGAUAGCAUCUGCCUUCCUUUCUAUGGUAUUUGGAACUAUCACCGACUUUCCCUGGAUUUCUUCCUUUAUAAAGAAUUGGAAUAGAGGACUCGUUAAGAUUGGGCUAGUGAAAACGGGCAGAGCAAGACAGUGCCUCAAUUUAUUGUCACCCCUAAACGGCGACACGCUACGACUCUUCCAUCUGAAGGGAUCAUCUCAACCAAUGUCAGGAUCGAACCCUAAACCCUGGGUUAGCCAACAUGAUAUGUCUAAUUCAAAUAUCAUGUUAACAAAUUCUGGUAGACCAUCGCUUCGCCAAGAAACAAUGUCUUCUUGGCUGAUCUGA